AUGGGGCUUCUCGAGCUCCUUCAAUCCCUUGCGUUGGUGAUCCUCUUUUUCGGGGGUCACGCCAUCGUGGACCUUCCACUUUGGCAGACACCCCUCGAAGAAUGGACCUUCGUGGACUUCGAGGCGAUUGGCCUCAGGCUUUUCAACACGGUCAUGUUCAUGGCCGUGUCGGCAUACUGUAUCGGCGGCCUAUGCUCCGGCAUAUAUGGGCUGCUGAUCCCUGUAAUCCGCGCAGUUGCCGGCAUGGCUCGCGCCGUGACAAGUCUUGCGAGUGAAUACUCGAAGAACGGUGCAAAGGGUUCUGCUCUCCUCGCCCUGAACAUGGCCAAGGUAGCUCUGCUACGCCCCUGGGUCUCUCGCCUCGUCGAGCUGCUGGUCCUCGGCGAUGAAAUAGCAAUCGUCGCAGUUCUUGUUCUGCCGGCUGCGCUCUACUACGCAUCGGUCAACGUCGGUUGCCCGGUGUUCGCUUAUCUCUCCGGCUUUAUUGCCGGAAUCGUCACUCCGGUCGAUGUCGACUUCGAUGGUUGCCCUUAUGGCGUGACCCGGUCUGCAUUCGACCAUCAUAAGCAGAACCCUAACCUUCGUUACUUUUGCGAUGGGGAAAUCGAUGGCUUCGACGCGCUAGCCUGGUGGACACAAGCUCAGGAAGAUGCUACCUCAACCUGGGAAUUUUACCUGCCAAUCUUUAUUUACUCGGUCACGGCGAUGUUCUGCGUGUUUCUAGUCGCGAUAUUUGCUUUUGGCCGCCAGACGCAGGUUGAAAUCGGUACCCAGACGGACUCGACUGGCGAUCUGAAGGGAGACAGCAACGGCUUGUCAGAAAAGGUCGCCCAGUUACUUGCACGAAUUCGGGAACUCGAGGGCUGCAGGGCUAUCUCCGAGUCCGUCGUUACACGCCUCAGGGGACAGAUUCAGCUGUCGGACAGAACAGUCCAACAGCAGAAGAUCGAGCUUGGGGCGGCGCGAAAGGAGCUCGGAGACCUGCGGGCAGUGAACGACAGCCAACGUUCACAGUGCCAGGCUCUGGCCGAGGAGCUGUCGAAGGCGUCUGAUGACACCUCUCUUAACCAGUUGCAGCAGCAGCUGGGGCAGGAGAAGGGACUGAGGAUCCUUAUCACGUACGGCUACCUGGCGCUUCGACAACUUGCUGGGACCUUCGUGGAGUCGGGCCUUGGCGAGCGCCUUCUCUUUCUCACCCGUGAGAUUGAGAACAAGUGCACAGCCAUUGCCACCGGGGGGACCAGAACGGUUGAAGAGGUGCAGGGUAACCUCGGAAACGGGUUGCUGACCCUGCUGGAGGAAGCGUCGGCAUACGCAGCCGAAAUCCGGUUAAGCAGACGCGUGGGACAGAAUCGUGGCAGCAGCCAGGAUGUUGUGCUUUUGAAGCGAAAGCUGAGAAAGUGCAAGCGUCUCGCGCGGUUUGUGAAGGCCGAUUCUGCGGCCCGACAGGACCAGGCCAUUCAGUUGGCAAAGGCAGGGACGGUUGGAGAGACCAACUCGGUGGACGACGAACGCAUGACGCAGGAGCUUGACGGUUACAAGCAAGGGCUCCUUUCCGUGCGUCGGGAACUCAACGACACCGCGCAGAAGCUCGGUAGUCUCGAGCAGCAGCUCGCCGAAUCCCGGGCCCUGAACGAGUCAAUGAACCAGGGCUUCACGACAACGAUCGCCGAGAAGGUGACUGCACUUCAGAAGCUCCGCGAGGAGCUGACGGUUGCCCUUCAGCGAGAGGCGACUCUCAAGAAGGAGAUGGUGCAGAGGACCGAGAACGAGACUGCGCUCCAGAAGCUCCGUGAGGAGCUGACAGGUGCCCUCCAGCGAGAGGCGACUCUCAAGGAGGAGGCAGCGCAGAGGGCCCAGCUGGCGGAAGGCCACGAUCAGGCUGUUGCGAGUCUGUCCGCAGAGAAGCAACAGCUGACCGCCCGCAUUGAGGAGUUUGACCUCAAACUGGGUGCGGCGAACUUCCGGUACAGCGAGCUAGGUCAACGGGGGUCACAGCUCCAGCAGAGACUGGAAGGGUUGACUCGACAGGUGUCCGAAAAGGACCAACUGUUGGCCUGGCUCCGGGCGGAAAACGACGGUCUGUUCUCCAAGUGCAAGGGAGUCGAGGUGGAGAUCAGGGAGCUCCGCAAUGAGCAGCGGAAGGCGAAGAAGGAAUCUGGCAACACGGUGUCGAACGCCGUGCGGAUGCACAGAGUCCAGCUCGUUGAACAGCAAAACGAGAUCGACGACCUUCAGCGCGGGCUCCAGAAGGCCGAGAAGGACCUCAGCUCUUCGAUCGACGAGGUCGCCAAGCGAAAGAUCGCAGAGCUCGAGGCGCAGGUCGAGAAGCUCACGGUCCAGCACCAGCAGCAAUCCGGUACGGAGAUUGAGCUGCGCAAGGAGGUGCAGGACCUCAAGGAGCGACUCGACCAGGUCGGCCGGGAGAAAAGCACGAAGAAAGCAGUGGGCUCCGUGUUCGCCGACCCCCAGAAGGCACGGGCCCAGAAGCUGCAACGGGACGUCCAGAACCUCCGGCAAGAGGCCGAGGUGAUGGGCACGAUGAGAGACCGGCUCGCGAACGAGAUCAGGGAUCUCAAAGCCAAGUACGAGCCACGGAACGACAACCGCGAACCCCAGACCCCGCUGACGGUCCAGGGGCUCCAGCGCAUCCUCCAGAAGGAGAAGACCUCCCAGGGUCUAUCCCGCCCAUGAGGAUCCAAAGUUCCGCCGAUGUGGUUGUCGAGAAGGUGUUCCCAGGGGCUUCGUUUUUUCACGGAGCCUCUUGUGUUGAGCAAUUCACGGCAACCGACAAGUUAACUCGUCCACAG